AUGUUUAUGAAAAUUAUUUUAAUUUUCUCCGUUAUUCUUGCAGCUACUGCUGAUGAGUUUUUAGAGUUUGAAGAUCAAUACGAAUCUAGCGACACCAUUCCAUCUAAUUUUGACAACGAAAAUCAAUUCGAGACUAAGAUUGAUUACUUUCCUAAAAGUGAAUACAAACCAAAAAAGAUUUUUUGCUUAGGUGUCGAUGUGACUAAAAAAUGUUUAGAACGCGCUGAUGGCAAUUACGCAAUUGAUAGCAAAACAAAACCUGGUUAUGUAGCUUGUGUAGACAUGAAUCCAAUAUGUAUGCCAUGCCCAUAUGGAAUGGUAUUUUGUGAUAAGACUGGCAACAAAGGUCUUGGGCAAUGCCUUCGACAAUGCCCACCUCGCUCGUACUGA